UAACGGAGCAUGCUCCGGGGUCGCCGUCUCGAGCCUGAGCCCGUGGCGUCCAAAACUGUUGGUGGAAGUUGGAGGCAACGCUCUGUUCCCCUGGUGGGAUUGGCGUAGAGGUUGGCCGGGGGUCUUUCCACGAGGAAACUGCUGCUGGUUCUGGGGUGGCGCUCGUAGGUCACCUCGCCCCAACACUUCACUCCUUCCACUCCCCCAACCAUGAAACGUUUUCUCAGGUCCGUGAAGCCUCAGCGCAAAACCUCGAAGAAAGACAGUCUUCCUUUGGAUGCUAAGGAAGAGGCAGGGGAGCCUCCAUCUCAAAUGCUGCCUUCACCAUAUGCCUUGGGCACAAUAAUAAAGACCUCUCUUAAAAUGAGAUCCCAAGGACUAGGACUCAUUGUCUUCCAACAUGGACCUUAUCUUCAGAUAUGCAACAUUGUGGAGAAAGGAACAGCUGCCAAGGAUGGAAGACUAAAGCCAGGAGAUGUUGUGAUUUCAAUUGGCCAUUCAAAUGUGUUAGGAUAUACACUUCGAGAGUUUUUACAGCUUUUGCACCAUAUCCCCAUAGGUGCAAUUCUCCAAAUCAGAGUUUACCGAGAUUUCAUUGACAUACCACCAGAAUGGCAAAACAUUGAUGAUUUAAUCCCUGAGACUAAUCCUGCAAUAGGAAUAACUCACACAUCCAAAAAAUAUGAACAGGAGAAUGCUACAUCUUCAUCUAGUAGUGAAGAUGAUAAAGAUGAAGACUUAGAUGGCCAAUUUAUGUACUAUAAGUCUCUACAAUCAUUUCAGCAUCAUUCUACAAAGAAGCUGUCAUCAAUCUCCACAGAAUGGCAUGGAUAUAAAAAAAAGAAUCAUAUGUUUACGGUAGGAGAAGACAUUGGAUGUGAUGUUAUGAUUCAUAAGGAUUCUAAGGAAAAUAUGGAUGUUCCAAAAGACUUUAGAGCACCUUCUCCAUAUUGGACAAUGGUAAAACAAGACAGUGACAUGUCUUCCUCUUCUUCUACAUCAGAUGCUUUUUGGCUUGACGACUGUGCCUAUGCUCAACAGGAAAAGGACAUUUUACAGUAUAAGAAGUAGAUUUAAUUCAGGAUCAGAUUUUUAAUUUUCUGUGUCACUGAAGUGCUAAAUGUUUAAUUUACUUUACAAAAGGAUGUAUUUCUCCCAAUUGAAUUUGUAUUAGUAGUUGUAAUCCAAAAGCAUAAGGGAUCUUUUUUAGAUAUCAAACAUUAGUCAUAACCAGUUCUGAAACUCCCAUUCCCAAAAGAACAAUACAAUUGCUAACACUUUAUGUACCUUGAACCAUUUUCUUGAGAGAACUUAAUCUUCAAAUACGAAUAUGAUGCUGUGGGAUUUUUGUGGCAGAAUGAAGUAUGAGACAAUUAAAACACUGAUCUUCACUUCUUAAGGUAAAAGGAAUAGACUGACUCAGGUCAAUGUAUAUAUAUAUAUAGUUACUCCACACUUUAUUAUAAAAAACAGAUAAAUCCUCAGAUGAUCAUACUUAGAAUUUUUUUUUUAAAGGAAUCUUUUAGAUUGUGUGCUCUAUUGUAUUUAAGUGUUGGGAAAGCUGAAGAUGAACUAUUAAUGUAAAAGGUUUAGAAAACAGGACUUUGAUUUACAUUCAGUUUAUGCAAACUUUCUGAAAUGUACCUAUCAUGGAGAAAUCCAAUCAUUUAAUUUUGCCUAAAUGAUAACUACUUAACUUUGUGAAUUUGUCACCAUUGAUCAUUAUAACAAUUCUGCAGUAUUUACAAUUGAAUUGGCUUAUCUAGCUAGCCCUACCAAAUUCCCAGGAAUCUUUUUUCAAAUAUUAUACCUCCUUUUGUUUUUAUCAAUUACCCCUCCAACCCCAAUUAAGCCCUCCCUUUUGAGAAAGAAAAAACAGUGAUUGUAUCUGACAGCAGAUUCAACUGAGCGAAAUCUCUUUUUUGGAAGCUGUGAAUGUAUUGUUUUUCUGGUUCUACUUUUUUCAUACCCAUUUCCUGUUUUUCUCAUAUUUUUAAAACUCCACAAUUAUAUACCCUAGUUUUUCAACCAUUCCCUAACAACUUUUUUUCCUAUUCUUUUGCAGCUACAAGAAUUAUUUUAGAGCCUUGUUUCUUUGAUCAUCUGCUUUAGGGAGUUGUUGCUUCUUUCCAUAAUGCCAAAUUAAAGACACAAUGACUAAGCCACUUCACAGCCUCAUCAAAUGUAUCAGAUUAUAACUAUUUUAUCUUCAGACUUGCCAUCUUUGCCAAUCUGUGUGGUGUGAAAAAUCAUUUUUGAAUAUGUAUUGUUUUAUACCUAGUGAUUUGGAGUAUUAUGUACUUGUGAUGAUUUAUGGUUUACACUUCUUUUGAGAAGGUUUCAUAUGCUUUGACCAUUUUGAGAAAGGCUCUUGGUGAUAAGUUUGUAUACAUUUUGGACUUGAUUUUAUUAUAGAUUUAUUAUAAUGGGUAGAGGGGUAACUGAUAAAUACAAAAGGAGGCAUUAAGAUAUAUUUGAAAAAAGAUCAUUUGGAAAUUUGGUAGGGCUUAACUGGAUACCGCAAAUUCAAUUGUAAAUAAUGUGAAAUUGUUAAGUAUAAUCUAUGACUUAAUAUAUUCUGUAUGUAAAAUAUAUAUUUAAUAAAUAUGUAAAAGAA